ACCAGAGCGUAAUGAGCCCGUAAAUGAUGUGUCCGCUUUUCACGAAACAUUUGGAGCAUUCCGAGUGUUGCUCGACCAUUUUGUGGUUGAGCAAAACAAGUUUCCGUUCAAAUGCUUCGAUGCAGGAACGUACUUGCAACUUGAUGUUUCUUGUGCUCGCAACGCGAUACACAUUAACAAAAACACACGCCUUUUUUUUCAUAAGAAUAGCCAAGAUGUAAUUAAUGUCAGUUCAACAUCCCAGAAUACAAAUCUCACAAGUCCGGUCAGUAUUUUGGGUAACUACCACUUCAUGUUCAACUUCCAAGCUGAAAUGCGCCGGCGCUUCUGUCUAAUUUUAUGGUGGGCUGGUGCGUAAUUGCCGUCCGGAAUGGGCGUCUCAGCCUUUGGCCCUGUUAUUACACGGUGUAUAAAUGGCAGUUUCAUCUGGCGGGCGCUCUGACUCAGCCUCCCAAGAAAGACGACUCCCCUGCUGCCGCCUCCCACGCCGCCGCGGAAUACAGAGCCCCCUAUUUAUAGCGCUGGCCGGGGGCCCGUAACCCGGGGCACGCCCGCGCUUUGAUUUCAGCUGCCGUCCCGAGCAAGCCACCUCCGAGCGCGGUCAGACGAAAGGCGAACGGCGACGAGAGAGGACGAUCGGAGUUGUUGGACGGAAGGCUACGAUGGAGACGCCGAGCAAGUUGACCGACGAACAAGCGAACCCGUCGGUCGGCGACGGCUUUGCCGCAUGAGAGACUCGCCGACCUGAUCUGAGGAAGGCUCGCGGCACAGGGCUGACCUUGGAAGACGCCCGAGAACUUUUUUAAAGCGCCAGCACGGAAAGAUUUUGUGGGACAGACUUGAUGACAAACCUCGAUGGUUGACAUUGCUCCAAGCCAAGCGCAAUUCCCAUUUAAAUCCAAGGGAACUAACUUCUUUUCAUCGUACGCCACUUCCUUUCGAAUGGACGGGGAAGGGUUGUUGGGAGCGUGAAGCUCUGCGGCAAAUGAAGCGCAGGCCCUUCUGAUUCAGCGCGACCUCUAGAAGGCAGGCGCCAAAGCGGCCGAGCCGACUUCCCCAGCGAUUUGGACGGCUGCCGUCGGGGGACGACACCCGCCGGCACGCGAUGGAUGCUCACGGCGGGCACUACCUCAACAAAGAAGCCGUGCUGUCGCCUUUGGGCGCGGCCCGAAUGUGCCAGCUGCUCUUUGGCUCCAGCAUCAUGGCCCUGGUGUCGCACGGCGCGGGCUACGGCGCCACCUACGGGUACUUCUGCAUGUUCGCGUGGUGCUUCUGCUUUGCCGUCACGCUGGUGGUGUUCAGCCUGGACAUCACGCGACUCCACGUGUGCAUGCCCAUCUCGUGGGACAACUUGACGGUGGCUUUCGCCAUGCUGGCGACGCUCAUGUACGUCACCGCCUCCGUGGUGUACCCCGUCUACUUCCUGGAAGCGGACUGCCCCGACGAGGGCUGCGAGGAGCAGGCCUACCGCAUCGCCGUGACCGUCAUCUCCGGCGUGUCGGUCUUCCCUUACGCCGCCGAAGUGUUCAUCACCCGUGCCAAACCGGGCGCCGUGGUGGGCUACAUGGCAACCGUCUCCGGUCUUCUCAAGGUGGUCCAGGGAUUUGUGGCCUGCAUUAUUUUCGGAGCGCUGGACAAUUACGGCGAGUACGACAACUACGUAGCCACCGAGUACUGCGUGGUGGUGUACGGCCUGUGCUUCUCCGUCACCGUGCUCGUGGUCAUACUGACCAUAUCGGGCAGGACGUCGUCCCUGCGCUUCCCCUUCGAUCGCUUUGUUAUCAUCUACACCUUCGUGGCCGUGAUCCUCUACCUCAGCACCGCGCUGGUGUGGCCCAUCUUCAGCUUUGACAAGAAGUACGGCCUGACCGAUCGCCCGGAGGUCUGUCCGCGUGGGCAAUGCCCUUGGGACAGCAAGCUGGUGGUGGCCGUGUUCACCGCCGUCAACCUCGUCCUUUACUUUGUUGACCUGAUCUACUCGCAGAGGAUUCGCUUUGUCACCAGUGCUGCUGUCUGAAUGUCCAUCCAUCCAUCCAUCCAUCCAUCCGUACUUUUUCUCCUCCUCACGAGGGUCGCGGGGGUGCCGGAGCCUAUCCCGGCCGUCUUCGGGCUGCACCCUCAACUGGUUGCCAAUCGCAAGGCGCGCACAGACAAAAGACCAUUGGCGCUCACAAUCACACCCGGGGACAAUUCGGAGCGACCGAUCAACCUUCCGGGCCCGUUGUUGGAAUGCGGGAGGAGUAGCUGGAAAAAAGCCACGCGGGCACGGAGAGAGCACGCAAACAGACUCCACACAGGGAGGCCGAGGCGCCGAAUCUCGACGUGCUAACCGGUCGCCCGCCGGGCCGCCCCUGUCCGAAUGUCCGUGUCAAACAUCGGUUGGACCCAUUCUCUGACUGAAGACGAGGCUCAGCAGGACUAAGCAGGCCGAAAACUUCAGCCAAAACUGCGCGGGGCUUCCGAGACUGUCCUAUGGCCGCUGCCCAAAACGGGGGAUGAUUCCACCUUGCACGCAAAGGCCCGCUUCUUCGAUGUCUCCGAAAGACUAUUGUCCAGUGACGUGGGGUGUGUCGAGAGGGAUUUUGCCUGUGCUAGCUGAUGCUUACGCUGGUUUUGGCGAGUGCUUGUGUCAUGUGUUUAAUAAAGCGCAGAUAGCCAAG